GGCGGCGGGGACACGAUUGUCGCAGGGCUCGGCGAGGCCGGGGCUGUUCGCGGAGGCGGGAGCGGCGCGGGGCGCGGACGCUGCUCCGGGAGACCCGGCCCGGGCUGAAGGAGAACCGAAAGCAGGAGGCCCCUUGUGUCCUUCGCGGGCAGAUUUCGGGCGCGGCGGCGGACACGGGCUCGGUGGCCGGAGCGGCCUGGCUUAGGGCUUUGAGGGGCCCUGGGUCCCAACUGUCCUCGGGGCUAUCAGCGGUCGCCGCCGCUCCCGGGCCUGGGCAGGUGCCGGUGGGGUCACCUUCGGGGCUCCGACGGGAACCGGCACCCUCCCCGUCCCGGCUGCCCCUGGUGGGACCAGGAGAAACCUAGCUGUAACGCGAAGGACAUUCAGGUGCGCCAAGUUGAGUGAAAGUCAAAGAAUCCACCUCCCCUAGGCAUGAAAGCAGGAACUUUCUUGCUGAAGAAUUCAGCUUUGCUGCCUGUUUGUUUGCUACCUAAAGCUCCCAUCUUCUGUUCGUGAGGUACAGCUGGCGGGUAUGGCAAUAGAUGUGAUGUAACAAACUGCAGAUUAUAGCUUCAGCAGGGUUCAUCAGUCAUGGCACUGAGGGCCUUGAAAUUUGCCUCAUUGACCGCAGCUGCUUCUGGCAUCUGUCUGUAUGGAAACAAGUUCCUGGAUCCUAAUGAUUUUGGAGUUGUUCGUGUGGGCCGUGCCAUAGCCACAACAGCAGUUAUCACGUAUGACUACCUCACCUCUCUUCGGAGUGUCCCAUACGGAUCAGAGGAGUAUGAAUUCCUAAAAUCACAGGUGCACCUCCGCUCUGCUGAGCGCCUCCGGGAGUUGUGCUGCUCCAACCGAGGCACCUUCAUCAAGGUGGGACAGCACCUGGGAGCGCUGGACUACCUGCUGCCUGAGGAGUACACCCGCACCCUCAAGGUGCUGCACAGCCAGGCCCCGCAGAGCACCAGGCAGGAGAUUGAGCAAGUCAUCCGUGAGGAUCUGGGCAAAGAGAGUUGGCUGCAAAGGAUACAAACUCCAGGGCCCCAUCGAGACCUCUUUAUAGAAGAGCUCUUUGUGAGUUUUGAGGACACUCCUUUGGGAGCAGCAUCACUAGCCCAGGUACACAAAGCAGUGCUGCAGGAUGGGAGAACGGUGGCAGUGAAAAUCCAGCACCCCAAGGUCCAAGCUCAGAGCUCCAAGGAUAUUUUGCUCAUGGAGGUUCUCCUCUUGGUUGUGAAGCAGAUUUUUCCAGAUUUUGAGUUCAUGUGGCUCGUGGAAGAAGCUAAGAAGAAUCUGCCCUUAGAGCUGGAUUUCCUCAAUGAAGGCAGGAAUGCUGAGAAGGUUGCUCAUAUGCUCAAAAACUUUGAUUUCCUGAAGGUCCCCAGGAUCUACUGGGAGCUCUCAACAAGGCGUGUCCUUCUCAUGGAGUUUAUGGAAGGGGGACAAGUGAAUGACAGGGCCUAUAUGGAGAGGAACGGCAUCAACGUCAAUGAGAUCUCUCGCAACCUGGGGAAGCUCUACAGUGAAAUGAUCUUUGUGAAUGGCUUUGUGCACUGUGACCCACAUCCAGGCAACGUGCUAGUGAAGAAGUGCCCGGCCUCUGGCAAGGCUCACAUUAUCCUCCUGGAUCAUGGGCUCUACCAGGUGCUGAGCGAGUCAUUCCGCAUGGACUACUGCCGCCUUUGGCAGGCCCUCAUCAAGGCUGAUAUGAAGAGAGUGCAGAAGUACAGCCGGCGGCUUGGGGCAGGGGAUUUGUAUCCUCUCUUUGCCUGCAUGCUGACUGCCAGAUCUUGGGAAUCUGUCAACAGAGGUAUUGACCAGUCACCAGUCUCUGCCAGCGAGGACAUGGAGAUCCGGUCCAACGCUGCUGCUUACUUGCCCCAGAUCACCCAGCUCCUCAACAAUGUUCCCCGCCAGAUGCUCCUUCUGCUGAAGACCAAUGACUUAUUAAGGGGGAUUGAGUCAGCCCUGCACACACGGGCCAGUGCCAGCUCCUUCCUCAACAUGUCUCGCUGCUGCAUCAGAGCUGUUUCCAUGUACCAGAGGAGCAAGAGUCACUCGCUUUACAGGAGGGCCCAGAUCUCACUCACAGAAGCCCUAAGCCUGUGGCAGAUCAACUUAUAUGAACUCUUUCUGUGGCUGAAGGGGUCCCAGCUGGGGAACUGGGUCAUUGCUCUCCUGAGACGGAUGCACCAUUUCACAUACUGACAUGAACUGGUGGGAGAGGCCCGGGUGCUCCCUCCCUCCCUUCUGCUCUCCAUGGCACGUUUGCCUUUCUGACUAUUUCUGUCUAUUUUUGGGUCUUACUCCAAAUUACACACUGCACUGUCCUUUUCUUUUACAGCAUUAGCUUCCUCUGUGGCACAGAGAGGUUGAAUUGGUACCAGAGCCCUACUGUUUUGUGGUUUCAGAAAAGUAGGUGCAUGAUACCUUGUGCCAGGAAAGACAGGAAAGGAUACCUUCUUUACUCAUUUGUGCAGGUUAAGUUCCACUCAGAUUCUAGUGGGAUUGUGCUGGAAGCAAAUGCCUCUUUGACUCUUUCUGAAACAAUCUUAGAGAAUUUAAGAGAAUCCUAGCCCUGCCUAGAAUGCCCCAAAACAUUUCUCAGACCCUCAGAGAGAGGUGGUAAGUCCCUUUAAAAUGCAAUAGGAUUUAUAUUAGUUUGUGCAGUCUCCUUAGUCUGAUUUCUGUUCAGGUGUGCAGAAGGUUUCUCAGAAGAGUGAGACCUUGUGGAGACCUGUCACUAGGGUUUUCUCUUCCAGCACCAGGGAAAGAGGACUCAAAUGGUGAGAGUGUGGUGGACUGGGAGUCCAACUUCCUAAGGUUCAUCUCUAGUCCUGUCAGCAAGUGCCUCUAUUUUUGGACUUCUCCUGGACUGUUUCCUUGCAGGUGAAACUGCGGGAAGAGGAUAGUGAUCUUGCCCCUCCUCUGAAAUUCAAGGAAGAACUGAGAACAGGGAAGACAGUAGGAAUGACGACUCUGGGCUCUGAAACUGCUGGUAAUGUAUGUGUACUGUGCAAUACUUCCACAAAACAAAAUAAAUGUGUUGUAUCAAAGAC